AUGAAUUUCGAAUGUCUUCCUGAUGAAUUAUUACUACAAAUCUGUCGAUAUCUUUCCUCGACUGAUGUUCUUUACUCAUUAUUUAACUUAAAUUCUCGUUUAAAUCGAACAAUCUUCACAUAUCGUCAACAUGUCACUUUCCGUUUAACGAAUUUUCAGCAAUUUGAAUACAUCUGUUCGGUGAUUCUACCCGAAAUUAGCUCAACUGUUCGGACCUUAUCAAUCAAUGCCAAUUGGACAGAUUUAGUCGGUAAACGGUUCCAUUAUCACUUCGGACAUCAAAUGAAAGACGCUUUUCCUAAUCUUGAACAUUUGAUUCUUAUUGCAUUCAAUGGAAAGGAAUUAAGUGAUUACAUGACGUGUCUUUCUGACCUUCUCUACCUGAAAAAAUUAACCAUUCGAGAUCGUUAUAAUACACCCGAAGAAAUCAAACAAAGUUUGUUUGAAAAAGUUCUCUCAGCGAAUGAUUUUCGUUUCGAAAUCAUUUCUUUCAAUCGUCAUUCGGAAAGUUUAAAAAUCAAUUCAACAAAUGGAGUGAUCUACUCGAAUAUUAUUCAAUUAGAUGUUCAUUUAGAAGAGAUUCAUGAUCUCGAAUGUUUAUUUAAUUUAAUACCAAAUAUUCAACGAAUGAAUGUUGUCAUUGGAAAACGUGCCGAAGAAGAGGAGGAAUUGGAAUUGAAUCAAUUGAUUGAAAUGAAAUAUUUAGUUGAAUUUCGAAUAGAAUCAUUUCGACGAUGUUGGAAUUUCAAUGAAUUAUGUUAUUUAAUAUCAAAAAUGCCUUUUCUUCGGCAACUUUCAUUAGAUUUAUUUACUCAAGACAUUCGAUUAACCAACGGACAGGAAAUUUAUUCAAUUUUACCAGAAUCUUUACAAAGAUUUCAUUUUUGUACUGAAUAUGAACCCGAGGAAGCAGUCGAAUCGACUGACGAGAUCACGUGUUCUUGGAUGUCAACACCAUUUUCAAUUUGUUGUUUAUUUUCGUCAAACAAAACUCAAAUAUUUCUCCACACAAUUCCCUACGAACUUCCUUAUCUCGACAUGAACUCUUCGUUUAUCAAAUAUCUGAGUAAAACAACAUCGAAUUAUCAUCAUCGUGUCGAAGAAUUGUUAUUAUUCAAUGUGAAACAAUUAAGCGAUGUUUGUAUGGCUAUUGAUUGCUGUCAGAAUAUUCGAGAUCUGGCAAUUGAAGUCGAUGAAACACUUUCCGACAUAGAAGAGAAAGAAGAGAAGAAAUCGGUGACAUUACCUCGACUAAAGAAACUUCGUUGGAUAUCGAUUGAUGGUUGUCCAAAAGAGAUUCAUUUAUUGAAAGAAAUCAUCUCUGUUUCUCCAAAUCUUCUUAUGUUCAUUGUUGAUAUGUCAUAUCUCGUCCAAUUACUCGUUUACGAAGAGUGUCUUUCAUUAUUAACAAAACGUAUCAGACAUUUAUCAAUUCAAUUGACCACAGAUAAAGAUUUGACAGAUGAUUGGCUGGAAAAAGUCUCGAAUGUAUUUCGUCGUGUGAAAUAUCUGAUUGUCGAAAGCAAAGACUCGGCAAAUCUCUCAACUGAACAUAUUCUUUUGUUAUUUCUUCGAUAUUUCGAAAGAAAUCAGUUAGUCUCCGUCAUUGUUCGAGGUUUGAUCACCGAACAAUUACGAAAUGAUCCAUAUCAGUGGUUGAUUUCGAAUACUUAUUUACGAAAUUCCAUUGGAAAUUUUCAAGCAGAAUCGAUUCGUAUGUCUUUAAAGAAAAUAAAUGAUAAAGAUAUUUUCGAAAAUAUCAUUGAUAUUGGUCUUCGCAUGUAUGGAAAUGGUUAUGCACUUCCAAUCGAUUCUGUUCAUUAUGUAUUAGAAUAUUGUCGACAACAACUUCGACAGUUUUGUGUAAAACAUAAGGAAUUGUUAAUCAGACGAAAUUCUCUGUUAACUACAUUGAUUUAUUCUUCUCGACGAAACAAAACGCGUUUGAAACGACUUCAACAAUAUGUUCAAACGAAAGAUCGAUCUUUAACUCAACAGGAAGAUUUAAAUGAUGUCAAAGACAAACGAUUGACAAUAUCUGAUCGAUUUCAUCGAAUAUCUCGUCAAUUUCACAUUCAUCUCGAUCAAAAUGAAUCCUUCGAUCUCCAACGUGCACGUCAAUAUUCUCGUCUUGAUACUUAUUAUAAAAGUGAUCAAUUAACCAGCGAUGCUUAUUUAACAUUUGUUGAACAACAACAUUCAUCUUUCAAUCAAAUCCGUUCGUUAUCAUCAAUGGAUAUUCUUCAUUGGCUUAAUUUGUACAGUUUUUCUCUUCCAAAGUCUUCUCGUUCGAGUGAAGAUCUUUCCUUAGCUGAGAUUUGUUUAUUUCUACUCAAAGAAAUUCUUCUUAAUCUAAUGGAUAAAGUUUAUCAAUGUUCAACUCCUUGUGAAAUUCGCGAUGUUCUUCGUCGUCGACAUGUACAAACAUUUCAACAUUUACCUUAUUCAGGACGAAAACGACGAAAUUUUCAUUAA